AUGAGAAUUCUUUUGAUGAAACUACCGAGGCCUUGGAUAGUUGAUGAGAAAAAAGACGAUGGUUACACCGCGUUGCAUUUAGCCGCAUUAAACAAUCACGUCGAAGUUGCCGAAUUGCUCGUGCGACAGGGAAAAGCAGACAUGAAUUCUCAAAACGUCAAUUUGCAAACGGCACUACAUUUGGCUGUCGAACGACAGCACACACAAAUAGUCAGAUUGCUCGUUAGAGAAGGUUCGAAUUUAAAUAUUCCAGACAAAGAUGGUGAUACGCCAUUGCACGAAGCACUUCGUCAUCAUACAUUGUCACAAUUGAGACAAUUGCAAGACGUUCAAGAUGUUGGAAAAUUAUUGAUGAAUCUCGGAAGUCAAGGAGCGGAUAAAAAAUCGUCGGCUUCAAUUGCUUGCUUCCUUGCAGGAAACGGAGCAGAUUUAACUCUUAAAAACAAAAAAGGUCAAACUCCUUUAGACCUGUGCCCUGAUCCGAAUCUUUGUAAAGCUUUGGCAAAAUGUCAUAAGGAUAAAAAUACGGAUCAAAUCGAACCACCAUCUCAGGAUAUUGUCGGAGAAAAUUCAACUUUGGACGAAUGUUUAGUUUGUUCGGAUUUAAAAAGGGAUAUUUUAUUCAUGCCUUGUGGACAUGUUGCUUGUUGCUCCGUAUGUGCUCCAAGAGUUCGAAAAUGUCUCAUUUGUCGCGAACCCGUAAGGGGUAGAGUCAAGAUAGAAGAAUGCGUCGUUUGUUCGGAUAAGAAAGCUUCCGUUUUAUUUCGGCCGUGCACUCAUCUUUGCGCUUGCGAAUCUUGUGCUCCAUUGAUGAAAAAAUGCGUGCAAUGUCGAACUCAAAUUGAAAAAAUGGUUCCUUUUGUUGUUUGCUGCGGCGGUACAGGUGCAAUAAGUGCAAAGGCUGACGUUGAAAACAUAGAAGAAGAAACAACGAACGCCGCCAUGAGUAACGUCGAACAACAAAUCGGUGGUGCUCUCAUGAAUAACGGAAGCAGAGAUAUUUCAAGUAACGACAUACAAAAACUUCAACAGCAACUUCAAGACAUCAAAGAACAGACGAUGUGUCCUGUUUGUUUGGACAGGUUAAAGAACAUGAUAUUCCUUUGUGGUCAUGGAACUUGUCAAAUGUGUGGUGAUCGUAUGUCAGAGUGUCCAAUUUGCAGAAAACCAGUAGAGAAAAGAAUAUUACUGUAUUAA